AAUGUAAACGAAAUAAAAAGGCAACUGUUAAACAACGCGCGAACUGCUCCUCAGCCUUCUUCUUCACCUCUCGUGUAAUUCUCUUCUUAAGCUUAUGUCGCACACAAAAGUAAAGAAUAAUAUGUAUAGGCAACGAUGCAUCAUUGUUUAAAUCCUACAAUUCUCAUUGUAUUUAUUUUGUGUAGCUCCCUUUUUCUCAGAUGGCUUCCAGGAUUAGUCAUAGCGGCAGUUGUUACACUUGAUUCGAUCGAAAUAUAUAAGAAACAUGAAUUAUUCGGAUCGAAACCAACAGUAUUUUUCCAGUGUAAAGGGGAGAACAAAACAAUUUUGCCAGAUGUGAAGAAAAAACAUGUCUUGUAUAUUUUCAAGGGCGAAGAGUCUUGGCAGCCUUUGACAGAGCUUACAGAUAAAAAGUGCAAACGAUGCGGAAUCUAUGAGAAGGACACAAUAAAGCCUGAUGAUACUUUUGAUGAGUGGGAGUUAUGUGCUUCUGAUUUUACUAAUCUUGAUGGGAAGUAUGUUCAUUUCUUAAAGAAAGAGCUCAAUGCCACAUUUUUGUGCCCAGAGUGUGUCCCUCGUGGUGGUGCUUCUAAUCACUCACCUGACUCACAAAAAGGGGGAAAGAGAAUGCACUGGGCUCUAGUGCUGCUUAUUUGUGCUUUAGCGUCAACUGUUUUAGUUCUUGGAGCAGUCACUGUUUACAAAUAUUGGAAGCGAAAGAAGAGGCAGCAAGAGCAAGCUCGUUUCUUGAAGCUGUUUGAAGAGGACGAUGACAUGGAGGACGAAUUAGGGAUUGGGCCACUUAGUCAUGUUAUUUAGAAAAAUAGCAUCUUUUUUUAUGUCAUAUCCAACAUACAUGUAAAUGCUUGACGUAGUUGUAGACUAUAACUUGAAGGGGUAAUUUACUGUAAGAGAAUGUAGCAAAUGUAGAUAGUACCGUGAGCUUGGAAGUAUGUGACCACUGGGGAGUUAUGAGACUGUAUGCCUUUUGAAUAGAAGAUAUUAUUCUUUACAACUGAGCUUCACUAUGUAAUUUCAUUUCAUUAUUA